AGUCGCACCGUCCUCGAGUCCAUAACGGAGAAGACACACAGAGCCGCAUAAGCCGAAGAAGCUGCUGCGAGCCAAACCUGCAACAGAGCACCCCCCCCCCCCCCCUCACUUCCACACCAGCCGGAUUCGGCAAAGAGAGCGCGAGCACGACAGCAAUUGACAGAGGAAAGAUGACGGGCGACGGAGGCGUGGUCGCGCCGCGUAACGUGUUCGCAAAGCUGCCUUCAUACAACCCCUUCGUGGGCACGUUUCAUCACGCGCCAAGCGCUGGAAACCGUGGCGCCGUCUACUUCUCGAGCGAUAUCGUUGACAUGGCGGAACUCGAGGAGCGCAAGAAGUUUCGCCACCACCCGCUCACGGGAAUUUUCCACUCGUUACCGGGUUACUACGACCCGCUACACAAGCUGGCGGCCUGCCGUCGUGUCAUGACGGCCGAGGGCAUCUACUCCGAUACAGAGUCGCUGCGUUCCUUUGUGGCUAUGGACAUUACGGAUAACGAGGACUUCGCGUCGCUCCAGCAGGCCUCGCAGAUGAACCGCAUGUACAGUGACUCUCGAUGCAUUCAGAACGCAGACCUCAUGUCGCGUCCGCGCCGCUUUAGUGAUGGCGACGCUGACCCGUUCUUUAAUGGAACCAAGACCGGCUCACCCAACCACAAGAAGGACGGCAAUAUCGAAUACCACGAUGAAUCUACGGAUAGUGAUGUGGACGAAGACCUUGCUGCUUUGGAGCAUCAAACACCUCGCUCGCUACCGUUGAAUAUCCUAUCGGUUACGGACAAAUACGACGUCCCUCCACCCGUUGGAGCCUUGCCACCUCGACGCACGCCUUACAAGAAGGCGAGGAAGUCAUCUGGUACGUCUUCCACUAGCACGGACAGCGAAGGGCUGUCUCCGGUGAAAUCGUUCAUCACGCCGAGCUAUGAGCGCGCCGAGCUGGGCAAGUCUGCGGGCUGUUCGGAGUUAACCGACGGUUUUAUCUCCACGGGUAAGGGCAUUUUCAGGAAAGUUGGGUUACGUUCAUCACUACACGAGCGACCGAAUGACAAAGACAAGAACAAGCUCAGGACACCUCCUAAACUGAAUAUUCAACGUUCACUGAGCGAGGGAGACUCAGACGACGAUAUCAACAACGAAUACACGCAGGCAGCACCUCGUAUUCCUGCGAAUCCGUUUGUAGCUAGACGUUUGAACGACGGUGAUGAACUGCGUAUCAUGGCGAUUCACCGUACAGGACGUCGCGACUCUCAAGCGCUUAAGAAUGAUCAUGGUGAAAGCGACAGUGAGGACGAGUACAACCACCCAAAACCGUAUUUUAUUCACGAGAAGGCUGUCACUGAGCAGUAUGAAUUGGUUGGCGAAGAUCAGUUGGGAGAUGGUUCUUACGCUGUUGUCAAGCCUGCGAUUCGUCGUGUGAAUGGAAAAGAAGUCGCCAUUAAGCAGAUCCACAAGCGUUUCCUUCGUGACGAGGCUGCCAAGAAUGCUGUGAGUCGUGAGAUCGAGAUCCAUCUCCGGUUGCGUCACAAACACAUUGUGCGUCUAUAUGAGGUCUAUGAGACUCCGGAUUUCCUGUACUUGGUCAUGGCGAAGGCUACAAAGGGUAAUCUGAAGGCGUUGAUGCAGAGAAAGCGUAUGCUUCCCGAGGCACUGGCAGGAAAACUAUCGCAGCAAAUUGUCCGUGCUGUACUAUUCCUCCAUGAUAUGGGUGUACUGCACUGUGACUUGAAGCCUGACAACAUUUUGCUGAGCGAUGCCAAGACAGCGAGUCUAGAUAACGGCGAAAACUCCCCUACCAUGCGCCGCAAUUCUCCCCCCAAGUCGACUCUGGAUCCUCAUGCUGAUGUCAAAGUCAAUGACUACAACGUCGAGCUGUGUGACUUCGGGCUGUCUGUGAAGGUGCCGGAUGUUCGCUUCUUCAAGCUGACAGGUGACGUUCACAAGGUCCCGUUCACAGGAGUAACGGGUACUUCGGGAUACAUUGCUCCUGAGUUGCUGCAGCAGCAGUCGUACGGCAAGCCGGUGGAUAUGUGGUCGGUGGGUAUUAUUAUUUUCGAGAUGUUGACCGGAUACCAGCCAUUCUACCCGCCGCAUGCUUGCAUCAAUGAAGACGCGGACUUCUCAGACCGUGUGUGGAAGACGAUCAGCGCCGAUGCCAAGGACUUAGUUGAGCGUCUACUGGAGCGCGAUCCCGCUAAGCGACUAACAGCCGCUGAGGCGCUGGCACACUCGUGGUUCGAGUCGGCCAUGUUUGCCAUUUAGAUGCGCCAUUUCACUUGGGCCCGCUCCUUCUGAGCCAAGCUGCGAGGAGCGAUGAAAAAGAGUAACACGUUUUGGGUUAUAGCACAAAGUACAAAAGAAGAGUAUACUGCGAGAUUGCCAAUUUUCAAUUCAUAGUGGUUGCUCUGUUAUGGCGUCAACCCGCUGAUAAGAGGAUCUGACGCCGUGUUAUUGAGUCUUCGGUCUCUUGGCGCCUUUGUUAUCAGCCCACUUGAAAAAAUCGCACCUCGCAUCAGGAUUCCCCUUCUCACCCUGUUAAUGAAAAACACAUUUGUCAAAGAA